GAACUUUUGAUCGUAUACGUAAAAUAAAUAUGACCUGUUGUCAGCAAAGAAAAUUCCCUGCUUUCCGUCCUCCCUCCUGAAUCACCAACGGCGGCCGGCGGCGGCGGCUUUUUCUCCUCUCCGAACCAAGCUAUCGUUGCUUCUUUUCUAUAUUUAAAGUUUAAACCCGCACAUGGCUUCUUCUUCCUCCCUGUGUUGUCGUUUUCUUUGUCAGCCCAACACCAACUCCUCCUCUUCAAAUCUCUCUCCUUCCUUCGCUCCAAAGCCGCCUUCUGCAUCUCUGUCUUUCAGCAGAUGUUCGACCAGAGCUCUUCCGUCCUCUAACUCCGCUACCUCUCUCAUCGUUGAUGAGCCCGACCCUGUUUUCUCCUCCGUCAAAUCAUUCGCCCCCGCCACCGUCGCUAACCUCGGCCCCGGCUUCGACUUUCUCGGCUGUGCUGUCGACGGCGUUGGUGACUUCGUCACCCUCCGCGUAGACUCCGAUGUCCGUCCCGGCCACGUUUCCAUUUCCGACAUCUCCGGCUCCCCAGGUGCCAGCAAGCUCACCAAAAAUCCUCUCUUUAAUUGCGCCGGCAUCGCUGCCAUUGCUGUCAUGAAGAUGCUCCGUGUUCGCUCUGUUGGACUCUCUCUCUCCCUCGACAAGGGCUUGCCUCUAGGUAGUGGCCUCGGCUCCAGCGCCGCCAGUGCUGCUGCAGCUGCAGUUGCCGUAAACGAGUUGUUCGGAGCCCCAUUAUCGGUUUCGGACCUCGUGUUGGCCGGACUGGAAUCUGAGUCCAAGGUAUCUGGUUACCACGCGGAUAAUGUGGCCCCGGCGAUCAUGGGGGGCUUCGUCUUGAUUCGCAGCUACGAUCCCCUGGAACUCAUCCAGCUCAAGUUCCCGGGAAAUGCCGAAUUGUUUUUUGUGCUGGUGAACCCGGAAUUUGAAGCUCCGACGAAGAAGAUGAGGGCGGCAUUGCCACCGGAGAUAACCAUGUCUCACCACAUCUGGAAUUCCAGUCAGGCUGGCGCACUGGUAGCGUCAGUCUUGCAGGGAGACUUGAGGGGUUUAGGGAAGGCUUUGUCAUCCGAUAAAAUAGUGGAGCCGAGGAGGGCACCCCUGAUACCGGGAAUGGAAUCUGUCAAGGCCGCAGCACUUGAGGCAGGAGCAUUUGGCUGCACCAUCAGUGGAGCUGGUCCCACUGCUGUUGCGGUGACAGAUAACGAGGAAAAAGGCAGAGAGAUUGGAGAGAGAAUGGUGGAAGCAUUUAUGAAGGCAGGUGAUUUGAAGGCUGUGGCAAUGGUAAAGAGGCUUGACCGUGUGGGCGCUAGGCUUGUUCACAGCACGCCAUGACACCAUUGACUUUGAUGAAUUCUUCUGGUCUGACCAAAAAAUUGGCAGGCUGGUGGAAAGGAAAGUAAUGUAUCCGGAGGCUCCGGUGUUCUUCCUUUGAACUGCUAAUAGCGUAUUUUCAGCUAUUUUCAGAUAUCAUUUACUCUUGACUCUUAGUGUUGUGCCCUAGAAUAAGUAUGAGAAAGAAAUUAGUGUCUUUUUGGCUCUCCUUUAGUUGUUGCAUGCUAUUGAAUGUCUUAUUGAUAUGUUUCCAAUAGUAUUUCCUAGUGUUUGAUCAUGAUUCAUUGUAGUGCAUUAUAUUUUUCAUCUCCGUCUUUUAAAUUUUUAGUUUGAUCAUGAAUGGCUUAUUUUAGUUUGUUCUACUUUGUUUGAUUUCCCACUUGGGAAAGGGAAGGUAUAAUAGUAGAUAACCUGUCAAGAAUUUGGAUAGUGUUGUUGUGCAUAUCAGAAAGUUUGAUUCUUUGCUAAUCUGUUAUCCUUCAUGAACACAAUGAAGCAAAUUCCUCGAUCCAAAAAUGCUUCUUUGCUAAACUAUCUUAUGUUUAUAGAGAAGUGUUUUCAAUUGUCCUUAUAGAAAUGAAGCAAAAAUCCCACACUCUUUAUGAAUUGUGAAACAGCCACCACCCAGACAAAAAUUUUCUUAAUUAAAACUGAACAAUGUGCUGGUUUUUAGAUAAUAGAGAAAAUUUUAAAUUUGUGAUGGUCCAUGUUAUAGUUUUUCCCAGUGGUAAAACAUCACAACUUCUAUACUAUUCCACCCAUCGUUUUUGCUGUUAAAAUCAAGAGUAGCAGCUGCUGUUGUUAUUGCUUGUGAUUUUCCUGACUACCUGGAAAGGACUAUCAAAAAGCUGAGAUUUUCUGGCUUUCUUUGAUGUUUGAACUUUUUGUAGUUGCCAUUAGUAAUUUUGUUUGUGUGUGUGUAUUUUUUUUUGGUUGUCUUCAGUGUAAGAAAGAGGACUUUUUUGGGUGUUCCUGAAAUGAGCAAUUUGUUACUAUUUUUUGUUAUUGAAUUUUAAGAAUAGUCUUGAAAUUAAUUUUCUUUGGAACUGGUUUGCGUGAUUACCUGCAAUCUAUUGCUUCACAUGGAUAUGGUUAUGUUUACACUAUAAAGAUCUCUGGAUGCUGAUUGAAACACAGCAAGAUUGCAAAUUAGGUAGGUUUGCUGUUUUCUUCUAACUAAAUUUAAUCGAGCUGGCGUUGGAUAAAAAAUUUUACGAGCAUAGUUUCAGCAGAGACAUCGUACUUGAUGGUCUAAUUUUUGUUUUGAGUACUACUGCUGUCUUCUCUUGCUUUUAUUGAGUGGCGGUUCCUAUGAGAUGGAAAUUGCCCCAGAUUUUGAAAACCAUUAUGAAGCUAGGGCCUAGCUUCUUGAAAGUGCUAAGUGUGUUCUUUUGAAGGAAGUCAAGAUCAUUUAACUCUUCAUCUGCUUCAAACCACUUGAUCAAUUGUGCUGUAGUAUCUCCGUUGAAUUACAAUGGACACAAGGGGUUUUUGCAAGAUCCUUGUAAUAUUCUUACUUUCUUUCUUUCUUUUGCUGACCAUUACAAAAUCUGAAUAAUGUAUUUAUUUAUAAACUGCAUAAUCGUAAAAAUGGUAGUAACUAUGUCAGCAAUCUUCUGGUAUAUGCUGGUUUCUACCGAAUGAUUAACAAGAUUUCACUUUAAAACUUCUGUUAUUCUUCUAUAGUAAUAGUCCGGAAAUAAUUUUUUGAUUUUGCUUGUCUUCUGGCUACACUCUUAGCCGAUGCUGUCCUCCAUCCAGACCUUUUCCCAUUGGAUGGGUGCUCACUAAAUGUAGAGGAGAUGAAUGUCCUCCGAGGUGGCCAAUGGCAUGUCCUUAUGGAUGCCUUAGACUCGUAGAUGGGAUUCAUUUAGACAUAGAUCAACAUUGUUUGGUUGGCUUUCAUUUUAUCUUUAGAUCGGUAUACAAGUUUGUGGUGGCAUCUUCUGUCAUUUGCUUACCAAAGGUCACUUGUAUCAUUGGGAUUGAGUGAGGAGAAUAACAAACACCCAGUUUGAUCAAGCACUGGAACAAAAUAUUUCGGUAAGCAGGCAUGUAUUUGUCUCAGCUGCUAGAAUCCAGAUAGCCAGGUAACAGUCAAGAAGCCAGAGCCAUACAUACCUAGCUGCAUGUACUUUGGCUUUCAUUUGAACAUCUUAUCCAUUAUCUCUUUUUCUUCACUCUCGAGCUUAGAAUUCUUUUCUCUUAGGUAUCCAGGUAUACACUCCACCCUGGAGAAGCUACUAUUCUUCCAAAUUUUGUUCUCUCAAGUUUAUAGAUUGCAUUUUUCCUCGUGCAGUUGUUUAUAAAAUGUUCAUAUCUCAUAGCACGAGGAUAAAUCAGGACUUUACUAAUUCCAAGAACUAGAGGAUAUCUAACUUUGUAUGUUCAUACGAAAGUGUGUGCAAUUUUUCUUACAGAAACAAAGCAAAAGUCACACCCUCUAUACCAUAAUGUUGGCAGUCUUCAUGUUCGUGUGAGAUGCCCUCUUGCUGGCCACAUUUUUCAAGGGUUUGGAUAGAAGCUUGCUAAAUGUGCUAGGGAUGUACUGCCUCCAAAGUAGCCGAAGGCAUAUCCUUAUGGAACCGUGCUUUCAACUCGCUCACAUGAUUCACUUAGAUUGAUAUUAUUCUGUCUAUUCUGGUUUCAUGUGUAGAUCAUGUAAAAGUUUGUGGUGCCAUCUAUUUAGCAUCUUAUCAACCAAACGGUCACUUAUCAGUCUGAUAAAGAUUAAAGGAGAACAACAAAAGACUAGUUUGAUCAACCAGUGGUGUCUAGAACCAAUUAUUUUGGUGAGCAAUCUCUGGGAUUGGGGUCGUGAGAGCUAGAAAGCCAGAUGCACCUAGCUGCUUGUAUAUUGGCCUUCACAACAUUCUUAUCUAUCAUCUCUUUUAC